AUGACCGGGCACUCCCAGAAAGUCCCCACAGCGGCCCCCUCCCAGCAGUGCGGCAGCACAGGGACGUUACUCACAGCCGACCUGGGGCCCGCGUCGUCAGUGACGCCUCCUCCGUCGCCCCCGAGAGAACGCGUGAGAGAACGCGUCUCCGGGCUCUCGUGCGGACGCAGCGUCGACGGCAAGGGGCGCGAUGCGCAUGCGUUCCACGUUGGCCAAAGGCGGCAGGUUGGCGCGCCCCCUGCCGGUCUUCAGGGUGCAGCGCAGGAAGCUCAGACCUCAUGUGUCCUGGAAUCAGUGACGUUUGAAGAUAUAGCUGUAGACUUCACCAAAGAAGAGUGGGCUCUGCUGGACAUGUCCCAGCGGAAGAUGUUCAGAGAUGUGAUGCUGGAAAGUAUCAAUCAUCUCAUCUUUCUGGGCAUGGAAAGUCUCCACAAAAAACAAGAAAUGAUAUUAACACGACAUACCAACAAAAAGGGCAUAGCCCUGACUGUGCCAAAGCAUAAAUAUCUUGCUCCAGAGAAUCUUAUUGAAUGUAUUGAUUUGGGUGAUGAGUUUACUCAGAGAUCUACAUUGACUCAACAUUUGGUAAUACACCUCAGGAAGAAACAUUACACCAGCAAACGGUGUAGAAUAUCACUUAGUGAACAAUCACCCCUUCCUCGACAUAGCCAAAUGCACACACGAGGCAAAUUAUAUAAAUAUCAUGUGUGUGGGAAAGCCUUCAGUAAUUGCUUUUGCCUUAGGAGACAUGCGAUGAUUCACUCUGGAGAGAAGCCAUUUAAAUGCCACUUAUGUGGGAAAGGCUUUGUGCAAAACUCUGACCUUAGAAACCAUAAUCAAACACACACAGGAGAGAAACCAUAUGAAUGCCAUGUGUGUGGGAAAGCUUUCAGUCACAGAUCCUACCUUAGAAAACAUGAGAAAAUUCAUUCUGGAGAGAAAUGUUACCAGUGUCAUGAAUGUAAGAAAACAUUUAGUCAGAGCUCUGGCCUUAGCCAGCACAAGAGAAUCCACACCGGAGAUAAACCACGUGUGUGUCCUUUGUGUGGGAAAACCUUCAGUCAAAGUUCUGAACUCAGACGGCACGAGAGAACACACACAGGGGAGAAGCCAUAUGAAUGUCACCAGUGUGGGAAUGCCUUCAGUCAAUACUCUAAUCUUAGACGACACGAGAGAACGCACACUGGAGAGCAACCUUACGCAUGUCAGGUGUGUGGGAAAGCCUUCAGCCAUUAUUCUUCCCUUAGACGACAUGAGGGUACCCAACACCAGAGAGAAAAUCGGGAGUACCCUCA